AUGAAGUCCUUUUGUGACCCUUUAUCGUUUGCCAAAAUUACCAUCUUUCUUUUUUCAUUUGUGCUGCUAGCUACGGCUAAUCACGCUCAUGAAGAGUUUCUCCAAUGCCUGAGCUCUCUUAUACCCAAAUCAAUUAUUUACACUCCAAAUAACCCGACGUAUUCCACUAUAUUAAGUUCAAAGAAUCAAAAUCCUCGUUUUUCUUCUUCUUCGAUCAAAAAUCCAUCUGUCAUCGUGUCACCAUUAAAUGUCUCCCACAUAAAACCCACUGUCUACUGCUCUAAGAAACACGGCGUGCAAAUAAGAAUUCGAAGUAGUGGCCACGAUUAUGAAGGCGUUUCUUUUCAGUCCACUGUCCCAUUUUUUGUACUUGACUUGAGUAACCUAAGGUCUAUUCGCGUUGAUGCGGAGAGCAAGACGGCAUGGGUUCAGACAGCUGUGACGCUUGGUGAGCUUUACUAUAGGAUUGCUGAAAAAAGCAAAACUCUUGGCUUCCCAGGCGGUCUUUGCAGUACCGUUUGUGUUGGUGGACAAUUAGGUGGAGGAGGUUAUGGCUUUCAAUCGCGAACAUACGGCCUCGCAUCAGAUAAUAUUAUUGACGCGCAAUUGAUCAACGCUCAAGGAAAAAUUCUCAAUCGGAAAUCCAUGGGGGAAGACUUGUUUUGGGCCAUACGUGGUGGCGGAGCAGGAAGCUUCGGAAUUGUAAUUGCCUGGAAAAUUCGACUGGUUGACGUGCCUCCCACAGUGACUAUCUUUGAAGCAACAAGGUAUUGGGAAAACAAUGCAACAAAAAAGUUUAUUCAUCAAUAUCAACGCCGUAUUUCUAAGAUCGAUAAGGAUCUAAGUAUCUUCAUCGGAUUCCGAACUGUGAAUGCGAGCGAUGAACAAGGGAAUUCAAAAAUUGAAAUCAUAGCUAUUAUCUCAGCUACAUUCCACGGUAGCAGGGAUAGGCUCCUUCCAUUGAUGCAAAAAGAGUUUCCUGAAUUAGGUUUGCUUAAAGAAGAUUGCACAGAAAUGUCGUGGGUCCGAUCCAUUGCCCAUUGGAAUGGUUUUAGUGACGACGGUCCCUUGGAUGUUCUACUCAAUAGAACAAACAAUUUCGUACCGAAUGCUUUUAAAUUGAAAUCUGAUUAUGUGAAAAAGCCUAUUCCAGAUGACGUGUUGGAAAAAUUAUUGGAUAGAUUGUAUGAAGAAGAGCUAGGAGGAGGUGUUGUGGAAUUCUUUCCCUACGGAGGAAAAUUGAGCGAAAUUUCAGAAUCUGAAAUCCCAUUCCCACACCGAGCUGGAAACCUCUACAACCUUCGGUACAUGGCUUCAUGGGUAGUAGGUGAAAAUACUACAAGCAUCAACAAUCAUCUUAGUUGGGUAAGAAGUGCUUACAAUUUCAUGACUCCCUAUGUGUCAAAAAAUCCAAGGGGUGCAUAUCUCAACUUUAGAGACCUUGACAUCGGGGUUAAUCCAAAUAAGAGUGACACCAUAAGUGCUUAUGACUACAUUAAACAAGCAAGCGUUUGGGGUACUAAGUAUUUUAAGAACAAUUUCUACAGAUUGGUUUAUGCAAAGACUUUAGCUGAUCCAAAUAAUUUCUUUACAUACGAACAAAGUAUCCCACCUCUUCUUUCACAUAAAAAGAGGUGA